AAUAACCAAGUAAAUGAGGAGUAUAUAAGGAGUAAUUCUACAAAUGAUUAAAAGUAGUUUGUGGAGAGUGAAUGUUGAGCGAAGAUGGGUAAAGUUAUUUACAAAGCAUUACUAAUGCUAUCAGCGAUAGCCAGUGUUUAUUCACAAUUUAACUUUUACGAAGACAAACCCGGAUCCUGUCCACCGCCAUUACCUGUGCAAAUUUGUUCUAAAGCCUGCUUUGUCGAUGCACACUGCCAAGGAGUUGGCAAAUGCUGUCCGACAAGCUGCGGUGGAUUAAUUUGCUCAAGACCUGUUACCAUGAGAUCCAAAGAGACAGAAAAACCAGGACUAUGUCCAGCAACUCCUACUGGUCGUUGGGUUUGUUCGCCGACUUGCACAAUAGACAGCGAUUGUCAGGGUACUAAGAAAUGCUGCAAAAAUCGUUGCGGUGCCUUGGCAUGUCAGAAACCAGAUAUCGAAGUAAUUGAAUCAGUUGAAAUUUCACCUGACCCACGUGUUAAUGACAAUGAUAUUCAUGAUGAUGACAUGUCCGGAGCUUAUCCAAACAAUCCAUUUCUACGUAACAAUAGAAAUAAAUAAAUAAUAAUAAUAAUACCAAAUCCAUCAACUAAGAAGACGUGUGAAGAAAAAUGUUCUUCAUUAAAAUUUACGUUAAAUUAAAAACUAGUCUGUAAAAUGUAUAAUAAAUGUUUACUUUUAAUUAAUAAAGUUAAUUAAU